AUGAUUGAGGUGGUUUGCAAUGACCGGCUGGGCAAGAAGGUCCGGGUGAAGUGCAAGUAUCCUUUUACCAAGCUGACCAACAUGCAAGUUCAAUAGCUAGUCUUACAGCACAGACUAGCCUACCCCAUUCAUAGACGCAUACAGCUUUAUCGCCUAUUGGCGAUAGUAACGUACACUAUAUAUACAAAUGUACACUACCGUUCAAAAGUUUGGGGUCACUUCGAAAUUUCAUUGUUUUCGAAAGAAGCAGUGUAGACAUUGUUAAUUUUGGAAAUGGCUAUUGUAGCUGGAAACUGCAGAUUUUUAAUGGAAUAUCUACAUACGCAUACAGUGGCCCAUUAUCAGCAACUAUCAGUCCUGUGUUCCAAUGGCACGAUUGUUGGUAUCCAGUGAUAUUUUGCUCUCGCUCAUUGGUACAUAGCAAAACACACACCCUAGUCUCGAGCCAGCAGGUGGUAUAUCUCACUGGUAUACCCCAAAGCCAACACCUCCUUUGGGCCGCAUCUCUUCCAGUUCUCUGUGCCAUGCGGGCAAUUAUGUUAGCACAGCUGAAAACUGUUGUGCUGAUUAAAGAAGCAAUAAAACUGGCCUUCUUGAGACUAGUUGAGUAUCUGGAGCAUCAGCAAUUGUGGGUUUGAUUACAGGCUCAAAAUGGCCAGAAACAAAUAACUUUCUUCUGAAACUCGUCAGUCUAUUCUUGUUCUGAGAAAUGAAGGCUAUUCCAAUGCGAGAAAUUGCCAAGAAACUUAAGAUCUCGUACAACGCUGUGUACUACUCCCUUCACAGAACAGCGCAAACUGGCUCAAACCAGAAUAGAAAGAGGAGUGGGAGGCCCACAACUGAGCAAGAGGACAAAUACAUUAGUGUCUAGUUUGAGAAACAGGCGCGUCACAGGUCCUCAACUAGCAGCUUCAUUAAAUAGUACCCGCAAAACACCAGUCUCAACGUCAACAGUGAAGAGGCGACUCCGGGAUGCUGACCUUCUAGGCAGAGUUGCAAAGAAAAAGCCAUAUCUCAGACUGCCCAUCUUAAUAUUUUCUUUUUAUUGGCCAGUCUGAGAUAUGGCUUUUUCUUUGCAACUCUGCCUAGAAAGUCAGCAUCCUUCUAGAUGCUGAACCUUCAGAGGGUUCUGGUUAGGGUUAUAUAGGUGUCUAGAUGCUGAACCUUCAGAGGGUUCUGGUUAGGGUUAUAUAGGUGUCUGUAGAUGCUGAACCUUCAGGGGGUUCUGGUUAGGGUUAUAUAGGUGUCUAGAUGCUGAACCUUCAGAGGGUUCUGGUUAGGGUUAUAUAGGUGUCUGUAGAUGCUGGUAUAGAAACACUGUACCAACAUGUCUUUAUAUCAGUCGUCAGUGUACAGCCUUAACCCUCUCCUUUGCAGCUCAGAAGACACUAUAGGAGACCUGAAGAAGCUCAUCGCUGCCCAGACCGGCACCCGGUGGGACAAGAUCGUACUCAAGAAAUGGUGAGAAAGAAAUGAACAGUCCCUAGCCUAUGGACGUGAUAGUUGUGGCACAUUGGAACCAGUGACGAGUCACUUCCCUUCUCUUUCUCCUGUAUUAUUCAGACUGUUCUCUGUGUAGACUGCAUUUGUAUCCAGGGUAAAGUUUAGAAUAUUAAGAUAGUUCUGCACAAUACAUUUCAAUCAAUCAAAUGUAUUUAUAAAGCCCUUUUUACAUCAGCAGAUGUCACAAAGUGCUAUACAGAAACCCAGCCUAAAACCCCAAACAGCAAGCAAUGCAGAUGUAGAAGCACGGUGGCUAAGAAAAACUCCAUAGAAAGGCAGGAACCUAAGAAGAAACCUAGAGAGGAACCAGGCUCUGAGGGGUGGCCAGUCCUCUUCUGGCUGUGCUGGGUAGAGAUUUAAGAGUACAUGGCCAUUAAGGAAUACAUAGAAUAAGGAAUUGUGCUCUAUUCAUGACAUUCUAUCUGCAACGUUCAGGAAGGACCCUGGUCUAAGCAGUGUUCUUAUUCUGUGACUUACUUCCUGUUUUCUCCUUUCAGGUACACCAUAUUCAAGGACCAUGUGUCUCUGGGAGACUGUAUCCUUUUUGAGCCCUCAGAAAUACAGUUUCACUGUUUAACCACAAGAUGGCGUUUAUUGUCCCGAGUCUUGUCCUGGAGACAGAAGUGAGAGAUUUCCGCUUAGAUAGACCAGCUGCAAAGUUCAUGAAAACAAAAAUUAGCUUUUUGGUCUUUAAUUUAGGGUUUGGCAUUGGGUUUAGCAGUGUGGUUAAGGUUAGGUUUAAAAUCAUUAUUACUUUGUGGCUGUGCCAGCUACUGACCGCUCUGCAGAGCUGCCUCUAGAACAAGAUUCAUGAAAAAAAAACCUGCUAACCUGCUGUUUAACCAGGAGGAAAUAGGAAACUAUUGAGCCCUUAGAACAGCAGUUUCACUCUGACCAGGAGGGAUCUGCGCAAACUGGGCAAUGCUGAGCCAACAUGUCUGCUUUCCUUCCAGGUUAGAUACUGUUAGAUAUUGUAAGGAGAGAGAAACAUACAGCAACAUAAGUCUCCCGAGUGGUGCAGUGGUCUAAGGCACUGCAUCGCUGUGCCACUAGAGAUCCUGGUUCGAAUCCAGGCUCUGUCGUAGCUGGCCGCGACCGGGAGACCCAUGGGCGGCGCACAAUUGGCCCAGCGUUGUCCAGUGUAGGGGAGGGAAUGGCCGGCAGGGAUGUAGCUCAGUUGGUAGAGCAUGGCGUUUGCAAAGCCAGGGUUGUGGGUUCGUUUCCCACGGGGGGCCAGUAUAAAAAAAAUAAUGUAUGCACUAACUGUAAGUCGCUCUGGAUAAGAGCGUCUGCUAAAUGACUAAAAUGUAAAAAUGUAAAUGUAAUUCACUGUCACCUCCUCACUGUAUCUGAAGGUUAUUGUCUGAGUGGGUUUCUAAAUGUAAGCAAAGGUUUUUGUUAUUGAGAAAUGCUAUUGGUGAAGUAUUGGCUUGAAAGUGAGGAGAUUCCUGGUUUAGUUCAUUAUAUUGAGGCAAAUCCAGGGAAAUGAUUCGGUUGUGCAACUGGUGACAUUUGACACACACACACACACACACGGUGCAUCUGGCAUAUGAAUGGGGUUUGUGUUGUUGUCCUCAUGUUGUUGUCCUCCUGAACUCUCCUGUCUGCAGAUGAGAUCCAUGAUGGACAGAACCUGGAGCUUUACUACCAGUAGAAGCCUGGAGGGGACACACACACACAGGCACGCACACACACACACACACACAUACGGGCACGCACACACACACAUACGAGAGACACACUUCUAUUUAAUAACAAGGCGUGAGUUUGUUGACCAUUGGAUCAUGGUUUGCGAAAAGACAUUGUUGAAGUUCUAUUGAUUUAAAUGUUUUGAUAUUGUUUGGAAAUAAAAGCAAAUAUUUAUAUUGUCUUAACUCUCUAACUAACCUGAUUAUCUGUGACCCAACUGGCACCCUAUUCCCUAUAUAGUGUACUACUUUAGACCAGACUCCUAUGGACCCUGUUCUGUUGACGUAUCAGGAUGCCAUUUGGGACGGAACCUCUGAGAAUAUUAGACAAUAUUAACUGCAAUGAUAUUAAAGGUGGACUUAGCGAUGUGACGUAGAUGCACAAAGUUUAACAGCAUAGUGGGUCGAUUUCCGCAAACAACUAAGAGCGUUGAAGCGCGAGGCUCAACUUCUCUGCUGUUUUGGUCCCGUGACUCCCACCUUGUAACCGUGAAGAGACUGUGUGAUUGUGUGAGAGAGGAGUCGUGCAUCUCGCUCCUCUCAGCUGCUCGUGGCGACGUCAAAUCACUGAGUAUCUUUAAAGAGCCACUGAACACGCCAAUUGGCACGUGUGGUUUUUCUGUUGCACAUUAGGAAAAACGAGAUUCAGUCUUGGAGGUGUGUUUCCUGACCGAUUCCGCGUUUGGUUAAUUAUGUUUCUCCCCAUGAGACACUGAAGCCUAAAUCCUCAAUGAAUCGAAGGUAACUCAAGAAAUCAGUAAUUUUUGCAGAGGAUGUUUUUAGUUGUGCAAUUUUACAUCGAAGGUGUUUGGUGCAGUAUUUCUCAAAACAAAAUGGCGUUGUGUUGUCUUAUGUAAACAAAGUCGGGCUGCCGGGCAGAUCUGUCUAUGCUAUUGGAUAGAGAGCGAUCACCGGGCAGGUCUGUCUAUGCUAUUGGAUAGAGAGCGAUCACCGGGCAGGUCUGUCUAUGCUAUUGGAUAGAGAGCGAUCACCGCAGCUGUUCACCCCAUGUUAGUGGGCUAAUGGACAUCGUCAAAUCAAAACCCAGCUUUCAUUUAUCCAUUGUGACACAUGGAUGUUCCAAACUCCGUUUUAGACGAGACUGACUUUAUGACCAAAAUGAACCUAUUUACACUUUGUAGUCAAUUUUGACACUAGAAUAACUGUUUCGUUGCUUUUUAAAGGCAGUCGCUCUUUAACUAUAUACAAUGUUAACAGGACAGAGACAGACCAUACUGUAAAGCAGAGGUUUUAUUCACAGCAGAAACAUUGAAUCAGUACAUUGAGUUAUAAACAUAGGAGGAAGCCAGGGGUCCCUGUCUUUAGGACCCCCCCCCCUCCCCCUCCCCCUUGACCCUAACCCCUUGAUGUUAACAUGUCUGAAGGGUCUGUGUAGGUAUCCGUGUGUAGUAAUGCUCAUAGAGAUGGAAAGAGGCAGCAUCAUUGCAUCUUUCUUCUUCUUCACGAUUGGCUGAUCCCUCCUGUUGACCCGGUUGCACAUGACUCCCAACAGGGGUCACCAGGAGGGAUCAGCCAAUGAAGUUGGAAGUCCCGUCCGGUUGACUACAUAAAAAAUGGUGGAAGCCCUCAGUAGUGCUGCCCAUGCUAAUAUGUCCUUUAGUGCUCUAUGGUGGUGGUGAAGCUUCCGCCAUAUUGCCUCUAUCUUGCAGAUCUAUGCAAACAUUUAUAGCCUACAUGCAGUCUUUUUGAUUUUUUUUUUUUUACAUCAUCACUGUAUGUCUAGUAAAUCACUGUGUUUAUUAUAUGAAAAUAACUCCAAAUAUAUUUUGUAUCAUCCCCCCCCGAGCCUCCUUUUGCCAUUGAAAUGCUCAGUCUGAUCGUGUCGGCGUGUUGAUACAAAUUUAAAUAUGUUUCCAUACACAGCCCUGAUUGGAGGAUAUGAUAGUCUAGGCUCUAGAGCAGUGAUUGGGCAGUUCCAGUCCGCCUGAUUGGUAUCACACUUUUGCCCCAGCUAAGACACCUGACUCCAUUAAUGAAAUAAUCAUGAUCUUCAGUUCAGAAUGCAAUUAGAUUAAUCAGCUGUGUUUUUCUAGGGACGGGGGAAAAAGCGUGACACCACUCAGGCCUGCUCUGAAAUUCCAAGCAUUGUUUUCAAAAAGCUAAAAGGUCAUUAUCAUAAUUUUUCACAAUUUCAGAGUGUUAUUUCAAAGUAGGAGGAUACAUAUGCAAAUAAAAGAUAACUGGUCAUUGGUCAGAAACAUCUGAUCAGAUUGUGAUGUCAUGCUUUGGGCCAAAAUCUCCAUCCCACCUGAACAGGCUGAAAUUCCAAGCAUUGUUUUCAAAAAGCUAAAAGGUCAUUAUCAUAAUUUUUCACAAUUUCAGAGUGUUAUUUCAACUUCAUAGUGUGGAAAUAUUGUUGAACCCCCCCCCUUCCCAGUAAAAUCACAUUGCUGACUGCACUGCCCCUUAAAGGGUUAGGGCCAAGGGAUGGGGUAGGGAUUGAAUUGGGACACGCUGUCUCUUUCACACACAGGUGAAGGUGUGACAUUGAGGCGACAUCAGCAAUAUUCAGAGUAAUCCUCUUCUACAUAGUUAGCUGGGAACAGACCAACCUACAGACAGAGAGACAAGAGUUAA